AUGCCCCUGCCCACCGCUUUCAACCACCUGCAAGCUCCCGAUGAGCAACUCCAUGAGAGCUCACCGCCCUCUUCAGUCGUCUGCAAUGCCGCCAUGAAUUUUCUCAGGCACGCGAGCUUCCCUCAUCACGAUGACCAGGUCCCUCGCCUGGCAAAGCAGCCUCUUCACCAGUUGAGCCUCGCAGACCUCGUCAAACACGGCCGCCCACCCCUCUCAGCAGAGGCCCUCCUCUCGUCCGCCCGCUUCACGCUCUCCCUGCUGCCCAUCCGCCUCGCCCAUCGCAUCCAGGCCCUGCGCAACCUGCCCUACAUCGUCGUGUCCAACAGCCACAUCACCAAGAUCUACAACAACUACCAGCACUCGCUCUCCACCCUGCUCCCGUGGCUCGAGGACUCUCCGAACAGCAAGCACACCCUCUCCACGCUCGACGAUGAGAUCCGCUUCACCGAGGUCCUGGCCGAGCUGGUCCACACCCACACCGACACAAUCCCCAUCCUAGCCCAGGGCUUCCUCGAGUGCAGGCGGUACAUAAGCCCUGGCGAGGUCACGCGCUUCCUGGACGAGCACCUGCGUGCGCGCAUCGGUACCAGGCUCAUCGCCGAGCAGCACAUAGCGCUGCACUUCUCGUCCAAGCCGCACUUCGACCCGGGCGCCUCGCCCACCCCCUGCACCGACCACCCCUCCUUCAUCGGCGUCAUUGACACCGCCCUACGGCCCGCCGGCGUCAUCGACUCGUGCGGCGAGUUCGUCGCCGACAUCUGCGAGCUCAAGUACGGCGUCCGCCCUCGCUGGGAGAUCGACGGCGACCCGGACACCACCUUCGCCUUCGUGCCCAACCACCUCGAGUACAUCGUCACCGAGCUGCUCAAGAACGCCUUCCGCGCAACCGUCGAGAGCGGCAUGACCCGCGAGCCCGUCGUCAUCACCAUCGCCCCGGAGCCGCCCACCGGCAACCCGCCGCAGCCGCCGUCGUCAACCCCGCCGCCCAGGCACCACCAGGGCAGGCCGAGGCGCGAGGGCGGCUCCUCCACCAGCGACGCCAUACGGCCCCUCGACGACAACGCCCCCGGCGUGACCAUCCGCAUCCGCGACCGCGGCGGCGGCAUCGGCCCGGAGAUCCUGCCCAACAUAUGGUCGUACUCGUUCACGACCAUGUCCGAGGACGACGACGUGCCCGGCAAUAGCGGCGGCGGCGGCAGCAGCAUCAACAGCAGCAGCAGCAUCGACGCUCUGAACGUCAUCUCUAGCUCUAGCAAUGGCGGCAGCUCCAUCGCGGGGCUGGGGUACGGGCUGCCGCUGGGGCGGGCUUACGCAGAGUACUUUGGCGGCGGCGUGGCCGUGCAGAGCUUGUAUGGCUGGGGGACGGAUGUAUAUCUCAGGCUCAAGGGCGUCGGGAGAAUAGAGUGA